UGAAAGACAAGAACCGUGAUGAGAAAUAUUACUGGUGCUGUGAGUGUAAAGAUGCAUAUAGCUGCACGGGAAGAGUGACAACAGUUUUAGAGGGCCAGGAACAUGUGUUGAAAAAGUUUAAAGAACACAAUCAUGCACCAGAUGCAAGUCGUGCAGAAGUAGUCCAAGCACUUGAUACAAUAAAAAGAACAGCAUCUCAGUCACAUGAUUUGCCAGUUCAAAUAAUCCAAAAUACUGUAGUUAACAUGUCUCAAAGUUCUUAUUCCAAUAUGCCAGAUAUUGAUGUUCCCACCCAUUUGCACACAACCAUCA